AUGGUAGCUGUGGACAGUCGUCAGCCGGACCUUUGUGUCGGCAUAGACUUCGGUACCACGUAUACAGGCGUCUCUUGGAUCACCCCAAAGGAGCAGAGAAACCAAACUAACAUCAUCACACGGUGGCCUGGAGAGGUCGCGAAUGAAGACAAGGUCCCAACUAUCUUGGCUAAAGACGCCAGUGGAGGGGAGACGAGAUGGGGCUUUCUCUGUAAAGAAUUGGCCGAGGACAAAAAAUGGAGGUUCUUCAAGCUGCUCCUGGACCCUGACAUGCACAACCAGCUAUUGACAAAGAACGAGCAUGAGCUGUGGGUGCCAGGGUCGAUUGGUCAGCUACAAGAGAUUGUGACACUGUAUCUGCGCCAGAUCUACACCUACCUGAGCAACGAGAUUCCCAAGCUCGUCAAGGCUGAUCUUACCUUCAGCCGACAGCUCAGGCUCAAGACCUGGGACUCUCUGACAAUCGAUUUCAUAUUUAGCACACCAACGACAUGGCAAGCUCCCGUCAGCCAAUGCUUCAAGAGCAUAGUCUCCAAAGCAGGCUUUGGGGAGAACAAACUCCACAAAGUUGCGCUGGGGCUAACCGAACCUGAGGCUGCAGCCGUCUUUACGUACCAGGCGGAGAGAGUGGGCAAAGUCUACAAGGGCGAGGUCGUUCUAUCGAUCGAUGCAGGAGGGGGAACAACAGAUCUUGCUUUCGUCGAGGCAACAGCCGACACCGCCGACUCCCUAACAUUGAAUGAAGUACAUCCCAUCAACGGUGUUGGCGUCGGUUCUACCGGGAUCGACCGCGAGUUCGCAAAGCUUAUCGAAGAUCGUAUCAAGGCGCAUCCCAAUGCUCUAUCGAAACUGCCGACAGGCUUUCCCUUAAGAGCAUCACAAAGCGACGAUUUCCAAACCUGGAAGCACAGACUUGGUUCAAAGGAUUGGGAUCAGUCCAAGAGCGAUUUCCUCAUCGAGGUGGCAGGGCUCGAAAAGUCAUACAGCAAUGAGGACCUUGGGAUCAGGCGAGGUCGCUUGUCCUUCACAAGGCAGCAACUCGAGAGCUGCUUCGAUACCAUAUUGAAGCAAAUCAAAAGCCUUAUCAAGGAGGCACUCCACAAUUUUGAAGGCGGUAAUGCGCGGAUGGUCGUGGUCGAAGGCCUUCUCUACGAUCGAAGAACUGAGGUCCACGCACUCAGAAAUCACAUCGCACGAGCCAACUAUGGCAUCGUCAUCGAGGAGUCGCGAUCUGGAGGGCCUGCUCGAUUCCCCGGGGGCCCUACGAUUCAUUGGCUGGUGAAGCUUGGGGAUACCAUCCAGCUUGGCAAACCGGUAACUAUCGAUGUCACCAAGCGCCUGGAGAAGAGUGACCCAAGAAGAUGGACUGAGAAAAUUGUGUGGUUAAGGGGAGCGGGUAAAUUCCUACCCGAGACGGUGAAAGAUGAAGUGGGAAUGGAAGAGCUCCGCAGCGUUGAUAUCGAAGUCCGCCCAGGUGCGAAGCUUAGUGCCGGCGGGCGAACCUGGAUGCGCACGUCGACAUAUGACAAGUUCAAGUUCGAGUUGAUGUUGGUUGUCGGGCCGUCAGGCGACUGUGAUGUGGAAGUGUCGGAGAAUGUCAUCAAACGGAGCGAGUAG